AGAGAGAAACUAGAGAGAGAGAGAGAGAGAGAGUAGAAGAAAAUUAUAGGUAAAGAAAAACAGCUUUCAGAGAACACUGAUAAUAACAAAAGAGAAGCUUUACUUUUCGUUUUUCCCUCUCCUUCUCCCUCCGCUAUAAAAAAGAAGGGUUGAAAAAGGGGGUAGAAAGGGGAGGAUUCCAAUAUCGAAACGUGUCCCUCUCUUUCUCAGUUUCUCCAUGGCUUCUGAUUGAUCUCUGCUCCCAUCUUUCAGUUGAUUCUGAUCAGUCUCUGCUCACAAGGUUUUCUGCGUUCAAUGGUUGUUUGGAAGACUAUGACCAUGAGAGUCUGGUGUCAAUGACUGUCUUCAAGCAAGCAUUCAUUUUCGCUUCCAUUAAUGGCGUCCCUGUCCUAGAGAUCUGCGUCUCUGAUUCUUUAGGUCUUUAAGAGGGAGCGGGGGUGGGGGCAAGGAGUACGGCGGCUCUUUAAUUGCAUUCGGAGAUGCAGUCGGUGGAGCCCGAAGCUGUGUCUUCUGUUGAUCUCCAGGUUAAUGCGGUGCCAACAUCUGAUACGCGGGGCAAGCAUCGGAUUCUCGCCGAAUUGAAACGCCUUGAACAGGAAACUAGGUUCUUAGAGCAAGAGCUGGAAGAGCUUGAGAAAACUGAGAAGGUAUCAGCUGCAUGUGAAGUAUUGCUGCUUAAUGUUGGAAGCAGACCUGAUCCACUACUGCCAGAAACUACUGGCCCUACCAACCCAACAUGGGAUCGAUGGUUUGAAGGCCCACAAGAGUCGCAGGGUUGCGGAUGUUGGAUACUUUGAACACUUUGAUUGGUUUUGAAAUUUAUAGUUAUUUUUUUACGGUUUUGAAGAGCUUGUAUCCUUUGCAUUACUUGUUCUGUAACAAAUGUUGGAUAAAACUCCCAAUGUGGAAGAAAUGAAAUUUUUUUUCUUUCUUUGAAGCCAA